UUUAAGCUGAGGCCAUUUGUUUUGGUCCUUCUUUGAGUUGCAGUGGUGGACUUGUAGCUCCUGAUAUCCUGGCUGUGGACCUGCUAUGUGAGUGUGGACUUACCUGAGGAUCUGGAUUGUGGUUGUUUCUGGCUGGUUUGAACUUCACUUCAAACAUGAAGCUCAUUUUGAUCUUCAGUGCUCUCUUCGGGGCUUCCUUGUGCCUGGAAUCUUUUGUUGGGCACCAGGUUCUCCGAAUCAAGGCAAGGAAUGAGGAGGAGGUUAAGAAGUUACAACUUUUGGACUCACUGGAACACCUCGAGCUUGAUUUCUGGAUAAAUCCGUCCACCCCUGCCCUCCCUGUGGAUGUGCGAAUCCCCGCUAAUGGCAUCCAAGCAGUCAAAGCCUUUCUGGAGUCCCAUGGGAUUGAGUACUCCAUCCUGAUCGAAGACCUGCAGGUUGUUCUAGAUAAAGAAAAGCAAGAUAUGGCCUGCAGUCAGCAAAGGGAUCGCAGCAGCAACAGCUUCAACUAUGGAACUUACAACUCUUUAGAUGCCAUUUAUGCCGAACUGGAUCAUCUUGCAUCUGAGUUUAGCAACAUUGUCAGUAAGCUGAAGAUUGGGGAAUCCUAUGAAAAGCGGCCUUUGUAUGUGCUCAAGUUCAGCACUGGAGGAAGGAACCGUCCUGCAAUCUGGAUUGAUGCUGGUAUCCAUUCCCGAGAGUGGGUCACCCAAGCGAGUGCAGUAUGGAUAGCUAAAAAGAUUGCCUCUGACUAUGGGAAGGAUCCAUCCAUCACCUCUCUGCUGAACAAAAUGGACAUUUUCCUGCUGACAGUCUCAAACCCCGAUGGCUAUGUAUUCACUCACACCACAAAUCGCAUGUGGCGGAAGACCCGCUCCAAGAAUCAAGGCAGUCCGUGUGUAGGAGUUGAUCCAAACAGGAACUGGGAUGCAGGUUUUGGAGGUCCUGGAGCCAGCAGUAAUCCCUGUUCUGACUCUUACCGUGGGCCCAGGGCCAACUCAGAGGUGGAAGUUAAAUCCGUUGUCAACUUUAUUAAGAAUCAUGGAAACAUCCGGGCCUUCCUCACUCUCCACAGUUACUCUCAGCUUCUGAUGUAUCCCUAUGGCUAUAAAUGCACUAAACCGGCAGACUAUGCCGAGCUGGAUGCCUUGGGAAGAGCUGCCGCCAAUUCCAUUCGGUCCCUGUACGGCACCACCUUUACAGUGGGGAGCAUUUGCACCACUAUCUACCAAGCCAGCGGAGGCAGCAUUGACUGGAGCUACGAUUACGGCAUCAAAUACUCUUUCGCCUUUGAGCUGCGAGACACGGGUCGCUACGGUUUCCUCCUGCCAGUCAACCAAAUUAUCCCAACGGCAGAGGAGACCUGGCUGGGUCUGAAAACAAUCAUGGAGCAUGUGCGAGAUAAUUCAUACUAAAAGCUGGGGUGGGAAUCGGCUGUUUGUAGCUGCAAGCUCAUAAAUCCUCUUCCCUUGGUGUGCUUGUGUCAGCUGUAAUGAUACAGCACCUGGCUGAAUAAAAACCCUGUGUGCAUUCCUCCUACA